AUUCGAUACAAGACCAAUGAACCAGUAUGGGAGGAAAACUUUACUUUCUUUGUACACAAUCCCAAAAGACAAGAACUUGAAGUUGAGGUGAGGGAUGAACAGCACCAGUGUUCUUUGGGGAACUUCAAACUGCCUCUAAGCCAGUUGCUAGAGAGUGAAGAUUUAACUAUGCAUCAGCGGUUCCACCUGAGCAACUCUGGUCCAAACAGCACUAUAAACAUGAAGAUUGCACUCAGGGUCCUUUCUCUUGAAAAGCAAGCAAGAUCCCCAGAUCAUCAACACUCAGCCCAAGUAAAAAGGCCAUCUCUUUCCAAAGAUGCAAGAAAAUCAUCUUUUAAGCCUCAGGUUCCUGUCUCACCACCACCUGAUUCAAACAAACCUAUUCCAGCUUCCCCAGUGACUGACAGUGAUAAAAAGACUGAUACAGCUGAAAAAAAUCAGCCUCCCAAUGCCAGCCCUCAGUGGCCAACAGAUCUCAGCCGAAGUUCCUCCAGUCUUCAUGCCUCUAACUUCUCUUAUUCUCCUAGCCACCUCUCAGUCAAAGAACCCACUCCUAGCAUAGCCUCAGACAUAUCUCUGCCUAUCGCCACGCAGGAGCUACGGCAGAGACUACGACAGCUUGAAAAUGGAACAACUCUAGGGCAGUCUCCAUUAGGACAGAUUCAGCUAACGAUUCGUCAUAGUUCACAAAGAAACAAACUGAUUGUGGUAGUGCCUUCCUGCAGAAAUCUAAUAGCAUUUUCAGAAGAAGGAUCUGAUCCAUAUGUGCGAAUGUAUUUAUUGCCUGAUAAGAGACGAUCGGGAAGAAGAAAAACACAUGUAUCAAAGAAGACAUUAAACCCAGUGUUUGAUCAAAUAUUUGAUUUCAGUGUUUCCUUGCCUGAAGUGCAGAGAAGAACACUAGAUGUAGCAGUGAAGAACAGUGGUGGCUUCUUGUCCAAAGAUAAAGGGCUACUUGGCAAAGUAUUAAUACCUCUGGCAUCUGAAGAACUUGCUAAAGGCUGGACCCAGUGGUAUGAUUUAACAGAAGAUGGUACAAGGCCACAUGGUGCAAGUUAG